AUGUGCAGGGUCGCGAUCACCAUCCCGUCGCUCGUCUGCCUGCGCCGCGCCGUGCGGCGGUGGCGGUCCCGCACUGCCGCAGCGCGGGCCGCCUCCCCGCGCUCCGGAAAGAAUGGAGACGCCACGGUGCCGGCGGGGCACGUGGCGGUGUGCGUCGGGGGCACCGGCAGCGGCGAAGGCUCGACGGGGCCGAGGCGGUUCGUGGUGCGGCUGGCGCACCUCACCCACCCGGCGUUCCUGGAGCUGCUCCAGCAAGCGGAGGAGGAGUACGGCUUCCCGGCCGCGUCCGGCCCCAUCGCGCUCCCCUGCGACGAGGACCACUUCCUCGACGUCCUCCACCGCGUGUCCUCGGCCUCCUCGUGCUGCUGCGGCCCGGCCGUCACGCGGCGCGGGCGCGGCGACGCGCGGCCGCUGCUGCAGGGGAUGGCCGUCGAGAAGCUCGUCUGGUGAUGCACCGUCCAACGGCGAGCUGGCGAUUCGUUUGAAUCGUGCAAGACUGCGAGCACACGUGGAAACAAGCCGGCAGCGGCAGCUAGCGCGCGGGAGAAAGGCGAAAGCGACUCGCCCGGCUGGCGCUGCCGGGAAGACCGUGCUAGCGGUGGGGCAUCGGAGUAGAGGGGGCGUCCUCUCCUCCCGUGCUCUGCGUAAAGGCGAUGGCCGUGAGGGCAAAUGGGGAAGGCACGGACAUUGUAAUUUGUAAACAACAGCAGUUCUUGUAUGGAUUGUUUAGGAGCAAGUAGAUGAGUAGGAAUUGGUUGAAGGGGGUAAUUUUUUUGGUAUUCUUCUCUCUGUGAUAACUCUGUCGAUUGGGAGUUAAAAAAAACACCGAUCGAUUGCGCAACUCUU